AUGCACUGGACUAGGGGCUGCUGCUGGCCUGCCCUUCUCUGGUGGGGGCUGAAGGCUACUUUGGGGCUGAAUGCAACACAAGGACAGCAGCCCACCUGUCAGCCAGGUUACUAUUGUCCAGAGGGCAGAGAUACUGCAGUGCCGUGUCCCAGGGGAACGUUUGGGCCGAGUUUCUGGGCUGUGGACGUCCAAGGCUGUAUCAGCUGCCCUCCGCAUCACUACGCUCAUAGAGAGGGUUUGGCUGCAUGUCUGCCCUGUGGCUCCAGGGCACAGCAGCCUCUACCUGGGCAAGACAAAUGCACAUGCCUGGGAGAAGGCCAAGUCUUCCAGGCCAGUGACGGGCAGUGCCGCUGUGCUCUAGGGUAUCGCCCUACACAGAGAGGAGAUGCCUGCGAGCUACGGGUGUAUGAGAUCUGUAAAGACGGGAGGACACGUGAUCAGUAUGGGGAGUGUCUGGACCCCAGGCGCUGGAAACAGCUCUGCUCUCUCCAGGUGUGUGCGUCACCUGAACAGUUUGAGGGCUAUGACAGUUCUCUGGGCCUUUGUUUGUGCAAGAACCCAUCCGGGACUGAUGCAGGCAGGAGUGAGUGUGCAGGCUGGUGCAGAGGCGUCCCAGGGCCAUUUCUGCGGCUGGUGUGCAGCGCUGCUACCCUUCAGCUUAUCUACACUGAGUCAAACAGACAGGUGAGCACGUCAGGAAGUGCGCUGUUAUCUGCCCUCAAACGCUGGGACUCCCAAGGGAGGCUGGAGUGUGACUGGCGUCUCGGCUUCUCCAGGCCUGUGUACGUGGUGCAGACUCGGGAGGCCGGCUUCUAUGGACUCCUCCAUUCCAUCCCAGCAGAAGUACGGAUGUUGAUUUUGGAAAGUGGCCAAGUGACCCAAAGCUUUGCCGAGGCCUCCGGCACACACAGCAUGGUAGAGGUGGAGUUCAGAGGAAACCAUACCCACAUGGAUGUGGAUUCUCAUUGGUCUACUGCUUCAGCAUCAAGAGGAGUCAAGAAUGGAGGUUCUGCAGGGGUGAUGAACCCAACAGCAUGCUUGCAUCUUGAAGAUAUUCUUUUGUUCACUCUGACGUAUCAGCACUAUCCUCAGUAUGAUGUAGAAAACCUGUUCAACACUAACACAGCUUUCGACUGGGGACCCUUCAGACUCUUAGCGCAAGAGAUCACAUUGGCUCGAUCAGCGCGAUCCCUGUUUUCUAUUAGUUUCAAUGAGCCAGGGGUCUAUGCUCUCAAACUGAGCAGCAAUCAGCACAAACACAUGUAUGUGAAGGUUUUGCCGGCUGGUGGAGAGUGCUAUGACACCGGACCCUUCUUCCCCACUGACCCCCACCACAUGACUCGCAUGGGAAUUGCUCGCCGCCGGCAGCUCUUGCUGCGGCCAGACUGGCUGGUGAUCGGAGGGCUUUUAGCUGGAGCUGUAGUCGUGCUGUGCUUGUGUGUUGUCUUACUGAUCUUGUUUAAAGAGUAUGGCUGGCCAGAGAAGCUGCCCACUCAGCCCAGAUACCGGGCUCUGCAGCUCAAGUACAACAUGGAUGACUACUCGUCGAAGGGUUCCAGGGUUGUGGCUCUGAAAAAGACACACCGAAACCUGCAGGUUGGGAUGACAGAGGACUCGAUGCAGAGAGCUGUGGCUCUCAUGUCAGAUGAAUUCUGGGACUAUGAGGAGCAGGUGGACCUGGAGGCUUUCAGUUCCAGUACCUUCUACGACAUCCUGCUCAGGCACAGUGUGUCAAUCACGGCCCGACUCGGGCAGCUCAGAGGAGAGGUGAAGCAGCUGUAUCAGGGGGUGCUGGGAAAGGUGCAAGGGCUCCACCCUGGCUGGGGGGCAGUGGCAGGGGGCAAGCUGGAGGCUCUGGAGAGGCAAGUGGAGCAAGAGAUGGCACGGAGGAAAGCCUUGGGCACCCAGUUGGCCCAGCUGCUUGACAGCCAGCUGCAGAUCCUACGGGCUGAGUUAAGACCCCGGCACACAAUGCACAGGGCCUUCACAGCGAGCCUCAGAGAAUGCUUCAGACUGCUGAUGCUACUGUCUGACAACCAGGUCACUUUGUGGGACAAACAGAUCCAGCAAUGUGUUAUGGAGCGAGUGGCAGUUCUGACUGAGGAGAUGGCAGAGCUGGUGUCAGUGGAGGCCCAGAGGCAAGGGGGCUGGGCUAUACUCAAACAGGCCACAGGAGCACAACUACUUUGUCCUGCCUCUGGUACAGUACUCACUAGGGAUGACAUCAUUGCACCUGAUGGCACUGUCAGGGCUUGUGAAGCUGUCCAUGUGGACCCCUGCACCGGCCUCAUCCAGCCCAACUCGAACACCCACAUGCUCCUGGCCAGUGGGCACAGCAUGCCCGUGCCUCCCGAUUUCUUUCUCCACCCGCAGACUGGCCGGGUGCUGCCUGUGGCCGGGAACGUCAGCUUUGACCCUGCCAGCUCCACUCUGGUGUACACGGCUGAUGCUUGUGUGAGGUGGGAAAAUGGGAGUCUCCUCUGCUGCCCUUCAUUCCCUAUCCCUCCAUCUCGCCACACUGAGCUCCCUGGACCCUCUAAGCUUAGGGGUCUCCGUGCAGGCCAGAGGCUGGUGUUAGGGGGACCCAUGUGUGACUAUGACACUGGUGUGCUGGUGCCCAUCCUGGCAGUGACCAUCCACCCCCAGACGGGUAUGGUGUACCCGCUAGGUGGGGUCCACACGUGCCCCAUUUCACGUCUUCGACAGCCCAUCCAGAUUGGCUGUCCCAUGCUGGACCCCCGCACAGGAAGCGUGGCACUUAUCACAGGGGUCGGUCUGGAUCCCCACAAAGGCACAGUCCUUCCAGUCGGGGGCCUCUUGUUGGGUGAAAGCUUCAUCGAGCCUCUGAGUGGCAGGCUUGUGCGGGUUGGUGGAGGCAGCAUCCGUGGGGGAAAGGUGGUGCCCCAUGCUGGGGGGUUCCAGGCUCUGCUAGACAGCCAGGCUUUGGGGGCACGGGUGCGGCUAGUGGAGCAGCUGCGGGCCUGCUGUGAGGAAUGGAGCGCUGGGACUCUGGAGCUGCACAGUGAAAUGAGCAGACUGAGGGCUGCUGCCUCUGACUUGGAGCAGGCCUGGAAGAGUAGCCAGCACUGCAUGCUUCAGCUGCUUAGCCGCCUGGAAGCCCAGCAGGAGUGGGCGUGGGGGGUGGCUGAGGACGGCGGCAGUGUAGGUAGGUGGGUACUCAGCACUGUCAUGUGGUUGACCAGCGGUGAUUCACUUCUGUUUACAAUCACAGCAUUACUGGGUCCAGCAGAGACAACUUAA